AUGACGUUAUAUUUUGAUACAAAAAUCGAGUUUUUAGAUUCGGAUGCAGUCAGCACCAUAAGCAGGUGGCACCUCAAUGAGCCACUUUUUGCAGUAGCCUCCUAUAGCCAGGAACGCGGCGGUUCUGUGACCAUAUUUGCAGAUACGGGUGAGCCUCAGCGAGAUGUCACAUAUCCGGUGCAUGCCGCAUCGCAAGCCACGGCAUUGUCCUGGCAUCCAGAAAAGGCAUUGUUGGCAACCGGCUGGGAAAAUGGCGACAUUUACGUCUGGUUUUCGGGUCAUCGUGAGUUCGCCAGCGUUAGCGGACCUCACAAGGCGGCGAUUGUGCUGCUAGAGUUUAGCGAACAGGGUGGACGAAUGGUAACGGCCGACGCCUUGGGCUUGGUCACAGGUUGGCGUUGUGAUGGGCAGUAUCAGUUCCUUACCAUGUUCUCACAUGACUUACGCGAGGUGUUGUUGUUAAUAUGCUUUCGCCGCACCGUGGAGAGCGAGGUGCGGGAGGAGAUGGCGAGCUUGGCCAAGGCUGCAGUGGCUGGAGAUGACAAUGCACUGGACACGCUCACCAAUUGGCGUCCCCGUACAGCUGUGCGGGGCAUGACCCAUUCAGGCGUCAGUGAUAAUCAUUGUUUCUACGCAUGCACCCAGGGUGGUGUAAUCUAUUACAUCAAUCAAGGUGGUGCUUGCAACGAGGUGAUGAAGAACAGCUCUCUGCCGCCUAUUGUGCAAAUGCUUUGGCAUCCCAAGAAGGAAGCAGUAAUUUGUCUGAUGGAAGACUUGACUGUCACGCUUUUUCUGGUCGAAUCCACCGGCAUACUAACGGAAUUGGAUCGCGUGAAGCUUAGUGGUCGUGGCAUGGGCAAGCUGGGCGGCAUCUCCUGGGCUGGCAAUAGCUUGGCCAUCAUCACGGGUGACCUAUCUGUGCGCAUAUGGGAUAUUGAGCGCAGUGACAACUAUUUGCUAAAAAUGGAACUUCCUAGCUCCUAUGCCACAGGCUCAACGGGUGCUUCUCUGUCGAGUAUGGGGCAUGCAACCAGUUCGGUAUCAAAUAAUUUCUUCAGCCAGGAGAGCACUGAGAGCAAUGGAUCGUUGACGAACGGACUGCAACGCAAGUCGGCCAAAUAUGCGCAGUUAGCCUCCAACGAAAUUUUUACCUGUCUGGCCUAUAGCACGGAAUAUCAAACGCUCUGCGCGGGCACUUCAUUGGGCAAUCUGUAUACAUGGAAACGUGCUGUUAGCUGCUUUGUGGGCUCACCUGAAGAUGCCUGGCAACUGAGCAAUAUAUCCACAGUUCGUGGCGCUGUCAAGAGCUGUGAGUGGGGCUUCAAUGAGCUCGCGAAGCCAUGCAUCCUAGUCAACUGCAUCUCCAAUGUAUACAUGCUGAAGGAGCAGCCCCUCCUCGUGUAUCAUACGCGCGAGUUGUGGGCGGUCCAACGGAGUGCCAAGACAGUGCUGUUGAUGCACUGCAACGGACGUCAGUGCAGUGUGGAUUCGGAUUUUGCUGUCACCGCAUUGGCCCUCAAUCAUUUGAAUCUGAUUGUGAGCAAUGGUCGUUACAUAAGCUCAUACAGUGUUGCGAAAGUGGACAAGAGUCUGGAUGAGUUCGAUGAAGUGCUGGAUGAAGCGGCUGGAGGUGGCAGUAGCGUCAGCGCAGGGCCCAAGAGUUCCACCCCACUGAGCGUAAAACUGAUGCAAACCUUUGCGGCCGAAUGUUUGGGUCUGUGCCUGCAAAAUCAGAACAUAUUCUGUUUGAAUUCCAAUGACAUUAUCGUCUACUCUAUUGGUGGCGUCGUACUAAACAGAAUUCAAGCCAACGAUAAUGAGGGCAAGAUCAUUGGCAUGGAUCUCACUGCUUACUACCUCUCGGUGUUCACCAUGAAUGGCUAUGUGAAGGCUUACGAUGUCUCUCGGCAUGAUCCAAAAUUGUUAUUUCCCAGUAAAUCUGGUCACGAUAUUUUCGAUGACUUUGGCGAAUUCAUUAUGGUGAAGUGCAAUAGCUUGGGCACUCAUUUGGCUGUGGUUAUUGCCAAUCGCAGCUUCGUCCCACGCGCCAUUCUAUUUUGCUGGAAUUUCGAGAGAAACAAUCUCUUUCAAUAUGAUUUGAGCUCUGCAGCGGAGUCUGAAAAUAACAAGUCCAGUUUGCCGGUGAGAGUCUUUUGGGAUAUUGAGGAACCCCGCUUGCUAGCCAUGGAGGUGAAGUCAAUGCUGCAGAAGCAGGAACCACCACCCAAGAGUAAUCAGCGACAACAGCCAAGCCAUUAUGUGGAGUCUCAGGUCUUGGUUAUGUUCUACACCGACAAAUACACCCUCAAUGUGCUGGAAUCCCAAAAGCUGACUGCUGGUGCUCAGCUGCUAAAUCUUUGCAUUCCAAAUGUCGUCAGUCUGCACAUAAAUUCGGUGGAGAAUAAGCCAUUGCAGGAUUUCGCUGAUCUGCAACAGUGCGAUGCCGAAACCAGGAAGCAAGUGCUCAAUUUUAGUCUGCACGUUGCCGAGGGAAAUAUGGAUUUGGCUUAUCGCUGCAUACGAUCCAUACAAUCGAAGGUUAUCUGGACGAAUCUAGCGAAAAUGUGCGUGAAAACAAACCGAUUAGAUGUGGCCAAGGUCUGUCUGGGUCAUCUGGAGCAGGCACGAUCGGUGCGCGCCUUGCGUCAAGCCAUGGAGGACAAUGAUUUGGAGCAGGAGGCCAAGGUAGCUGUACUGGCGAUUGAGCUGGGCAUGAUUGACGAGGCUAAGGAGCUGUAUAAGCGAUGUAAGCGUUACGAUUUGCUCAAUAAAUUGCUUCAGGCUAAUGGACAACUGGAUGAGGCUAUCAAACUCGCCGAAACGGAAGAUCGUAUACAUUUAAAAAAUACCUACUACCAGAAAGCACAGGCUUUAAAAGAGAGCGGCGACAUAAAAGGUGCCCUGGAGUACUUCGAAAAGACCCAGAAUCCUGUUCAGAACAUUACCCAAUUGCUGCUGGAGAAUCCUCAGGCUAUGAAACGCUACAUACAAACCACCACUGAUCCCAAGAUGCUGAAAUGGUGGGGUCAGUAUGUGGAGAGUUCAGGGGACAUGGAGGGGGCCUUGGCGGUUUACCACAGGGCCGAGGACUGGUACUCGCAGGUCAAAAUUCUCUGCUAUCUGGGCAAAAUAUCCAAGGCGGAUGCCAUAGCCCGUCAAUCGGGCGAUCGGGCCACUUGCUAUCAUCUGGCACGUCACUAUGAGAAUGUGGGAAAGUUUCAGGAGGCCAUUAUGUUUUAUACGCGCGCUCAGACCUUCAGCAAUGCCAUACGUAUCUGCAAGGAGAACGAUUUCCAGGACGAGCUCUGGACAGUGGCCAGUUCAUCGCGUAGCCGAGAUAAGGCCAUAGCAGCCGCCUAUUUCGAGGAGUGUGGUAACUUCAAAUAUGCUGUGGAACUCUAUCAUCGGGCGGGCAUGUUGCACAAGGCGCUGGAAAUGGCGUUCGAAUCGGAACAGCCGGAAAUACUGGAGAUUAUAGCAACGGAAUUGACUGCUGAAUCGGACUCAGAGCUCAUCAAUCGCUGUGCCGAUUUCUUUACGAGCAUUGAACAACACCAGAAGGCCGUUCAUUUGCUGGCCAAGACGAAGCACUUGCAGCGCUCAUUGCGUAUCUGCCUGGAAAAGGGUGUGCCAGUGACUGAGGAACUGGCCGAACUGCUGACACCCAGCAAGACAGAAUUCGACGAGCCAACACGCGUUUCCAUACUCAUCCAACUGGGCGAGCUCUUGCAAGAGCAGGGAGACUACCAUACCGCUACCAAGAAGUUCACACAGGCGGGCGACAAAGUGCGCGCCAUGAAGAGUCUAUUGAAGUCGGGCAACACCGACAAGAUUGUCUUCUUUGCCAAUAUGUCCCGCCAGCGUGAAGUCUACAUCAUGGCGGCCAAUUAUCUGCAAGCCCUAAACUGGCAAGAUGAUCCAACAAUUCUAAAGCACAUUAUCACAUUCUAUUCGAAGGGGCAGGCCUACGACUCACUGGCCAACUUCUAUGCCAUUUGCGCUCAAAUCGAAAUCGAAGAGUAUCAGGACUACGAGAAGGCCUUGACGGCCAUGCAGGAGGCAUCCAAGUGUUUGGAAAAACUGGGACAUGCACAGCAUGCCUAUAAUAAUCUGCAGCGCACACUGUCCGAUGUCAGAAGUGUUCUGGAAAUGCAGCAGGCGCUACGAGCGGGCGACAAUCAGACGGUUAUAAGUGGCUGUCGUGGCAUGCUAAUUAAGCCCGAGAUGCCGCCCAUUCGGCACGCCCACAUAUUGGCCAUGCUAGUGCGGGCCUUGGUUUAUUCCAAGCAAUACUCCGAGGCCGGACGUGCGCUAAAGGAACUUGCUGUUAAGGAUAAUUCGUGGAGUGCCAGCGGCCUUUUAGAUAAGGCGCUCGUACUGAAAAUUGCAAAAGAAUGUGAUUUGGACUUUGAGCUCAUUUGGAAUUCGGGUCGUCAAGCAAGUGCCACAACAACAACGAUGACGACAACAACAAUAACAAGUGAUGAUGAUGGUGACGAAGCAGACGAUGAGAUUAGGGAAGAAUUGCACUAA